CCGGGGCCGCCUUACUGGGCAAGGGGUUGGACAUCAGCCUGGCGGCACUGCAGCGGCACGACCCCUACAUCUGCAGCAUCGUAGACGUGGCCAGCCAGGUGGCGCUAUACACUUUCGGGCACCGAGCCAAUGAGUGGGUGAGUAACCGAGUGUCAUCGCGGGGUGGUGGUGGUGAAAUGGGGCAGAGAUGGAAUAAAGCACCUACCACUUUAAAUCAACCAACGUCAUCCUCGCGCCGUGAAUUCUGUAGUGCAGGGGCGGCUGGGCUGGCGAAAUCGUUCUUAAAGCGUCUGCGCAGAUGAAACUUUUGUGGGAGACUCUUUCCCUGGCUUUUUAACUUGUUCUUCCGCUCAUGCGCUUUAAGCGGCUGAUGCAUGACUGCAGCCCGGGAAAACAGGGCGGAAGGGGAGGAUGGACGAGUAAACCAUGACAUCUAGAGCAGAUCGAUACCGAGCUUGCUUGCAUUUAUAGGACUAACCUCAUAAUGAGUUUACCUGGCGAGGACAGUAAUAUUGGAGAUGCUUGGGGAGAAAUUAAGGCUGCAGUCCUGUUGUCCUAUACUCACUUGGGAUUAAGUCCCGUUGAAGUUAAUGUGGCCUACUUCUGAGUACUGUAUAGGCUUGUGCUUGGCUGGGACUGUACCCCAGUGAACACCGUGGGGCUUACUUAUGGGUAUACAGUACAUUGACAGGAUUGCAUUGUUUAUCUACUUUUUAAUUAGUGUUCGAGUCUGACCAGAUCUAAGAGAAACAGCUACUUGGGCCAGCAUGCUCAAAAUGCAGUGUGCAAUGCUGGUGCUGCUUCUCCCCUGGGCUGGCUGCUUGGUUUGGUGCUAGUAGGUACUGGACUGAGACAAGCAGCUCCUUGAAGCAACAGCUCCUUGUGCCAUUGUGCCCAUCAAAGGGUGUGCAAAGCUGCAGUAGCUGCCUCCUUUGUCUCCUCAAACUGCCUGGCUAUGGUCGCCCAGUUUAGCACAGCAAAGGUGCAGCUCCCUGGCCAGCAUGCCCAACAAAAGCAGCUUGCAGUGGUGCCAGACAGGCCCGUGCAGAGGGCAGGGGGUAGCUGGGUACAUUUGGCCUGAGCUUUGGAGGGCUAUGCUGGCUUGGGGCCUCCACCAGAGGCUGCUGGACUUACACUGUCUUGCCAAGAAUGCCCUGUGCCUCCCAGCCGACCGGGGACUUAAUGGGUGAAACGGCCAUGGGUGAAGCACCCAUGCCUGUGGACCUGCAUUACUGCAUACUAGUGCCCCUGCCUCAGUGGCACAUCUUAUGAAAAAGACUCCUUCCCUGGGCCUCAGGCAAGCUUUGCAUGGGCCUGGUGCCAGAAGUUUCUUCAUGCUCUGUGGACUGGCUGCUUAGUUUAGUGAAGGCACACAAACACAGCUCUGGUUUUCCUGGAAGUUCAGAGUUUUCUUUUUUAAAAGGAGGUUGGCCAGAACAAUGCCUGGGCAGUAUACUGGACAGUAGCAUAUUACAUGUUGGCAAUGAGACCUUGUGGAAGCGUGAGCCCUCAGCAAUUUACUAGCCAUGCAGACCCCUGGUGCCAGCCCUGCUGUAGCCAUGGUAUAUGUUUAGAGCCUAAGUUGCAUGAAAAUGGAGUUUCACAUUAUCCAAAAAUACAGAGAUAAUCUUGCUUUAUUUUCCACUCAACAAAAAUUCAGCCACAGUAGGGCAAUUUGUAUGAAGUGUCUAAUAUGACCCUGGCAAACAGGAAAGGAGGCAUUUUCCACCCCAAGAUGGGAAAGCCACUGUGUUAUGACAAAUGAGCUGGCAUCUGGGCCUAAUUCUCCAUUGAAAAGGCCUGUUUCAUAUGUUAUGUUUCUAGUGCAUAUAUACAGAGCACAUGUUAAAUCUCGGGGAGGGGGGGAAUACUGUAAAUGUGUGCUUAGAAAAAUGCAUGCGGUGAUUUAAAAGACACGUACAUACCAGAAAGCCAGUGUUCAGUUGGUGCUUUAAAAUCACAUUUCAUCACCUGUAACAUUUGAAAGAGCCCCCAAUUUUGUCUGUCUGCUUAUGCUUUGCACUAAUUCGCUUAGGUGGUUUUUAUUCUAUCUUUAAAAUUAUGCAUUUUAAUUGAUUUUAGGAAAAGACUGAUGUGGAAGGAACACUGUUUGUUUACACAAGGUGGGAAUUUUAUUAAUUUUAAUAUCAGUGUUUUAAAUUCACGCCAUUCUCAUACUACAAAAAAGAAGCACAGAAAAGUGAUACCAUUGACUGGAUCAAGAGAUCAGCUUCACCGAAGUAUGGAUUCACUAUUAUGAAUAGGCUGAGUAUGGAAAAUCGGACAGAACCCAUAACUAAAGAUCUGGAUUUCCAGUUACAGGACCCUUUUCUGCUUUACAGAAAUGCCAGAUUGUCCAUUUAUGGAAUUUGGUUUUAUGAUAAGGAAGAAUGCCAAAGAAUUGCAGAGCUCAUGAAAAAUUUAACUCGGCAAGAACAACUGAAAGCACAGCAGGGGGCUGGCACAGGAAUUUCCCCAGUAAGCCUGAAUUUGGGUGACAGCAAAGAAGUGGAUAUCCUACGGAUGCUCAACAAAGCCAAAGAUGAAUAUACCAAGUGUAAAAUGUGCUCAGAGCCAAAACAGAUAACCAGUUCUUCUGCUAUAUAUGACAACCCCAACUUGAUCAAACCAAUCCCAGUGAAGCCUAGCGAAACCCAACACCAGUGUAUUCCUCAACAAGUCCAGAACAUAGAUCCUGAACCACAACACUUAUCUCUCACAACGCUCUUUGGAAAGCAGGAAAAGUCUAACAUAUACCAAGAUACCUCAGUAAAGUCACAAAAACUUCACCAAGAAAACUUUCCUCUGAGGCAAGGGGUUGUGCGUUCUCUGUCCUAUGAGGAACCUGGAAGACAUUCACCCACAGCAGAGAAGCAGCUUUGCCCAGCCAUUCAGAAACUGAUGGUGCGUGGAGCAGAGCUUCACCCAGUCUCUGAACUGCCUGAGAACCGGAUGUGUGAGAACGGCAGUGUCCCUUCAGUAGGGGAGGUUUUCACGGGACUCUUCCAGCCUGUGGCUUCACAUAGCAUUCGGACAUCUCAUCCCAUCCAAGAUGCCGCCAGCACACGUAGCCUGCUGCAACAACUCCAAAGCCAGUCAGGACAAAUGACAAAAAUGGAGCCCAUCAAUGUAGGGCCAGCGAGUUCUGCUGCACCAGUCUUCAGCAGGGCUCCUGCUGUCUCCACAGGAGCCCAGGUAAAGAAUGUGACACAGCCUCAUCUCAUGUAUUUCAAUGGCUCUCUCCCAGGACAGACUUUGGGGCCUCCAGCCCUUGGUAAAGAACAAUCCAAACUUCCAGGACAGUCCCUUCCUCUCUCUGGGAACCAAUCUGGAAAUUCUGGAGUAAUUUCACCACAAGAGUUAUUAAAGAAACUUCAGAUAGUGCAACAGGAGCAGCAGUUGCAUGUAUCCAGUCGGCCAACCUUGGCAGCCAAGUUUCCCGUGGUUACUCAGAGCAGCAGCACCUUAAAACCUCUGGAUUCUUGGAUGGACAAAGCUUCAAACACAGAAAAGCAGCCCCCUCUUUUUCAGGUCAUCUCACCACAGCGAAUUCCUGCUACUGUAGCUCCUUCACUACUGAUGUCCCCGAUGGUGUUCAGUCAGUCUGCCCCAGCACCUCCAAAGCCAAGUGAAGGUGGAUGGCUGCCCAUUGUGAACCAAGAAGCUGUUUCUAGUUCCACUAACAACUUGUCUGUGCAGAACCCAGAAGCAGUUGUUGCAAACAGCAGCUCACUGACAAAGCUACAACUACAGGAAACGUUACUACAUCUGAUCCAGAAUGAUGACAGCUUCCUAAACAUCAUCUAUGACGCGUACCUUGUCAGCGUGAGAAAAGCAGCAGUGAAAAAACCCAUGUGAAACUUUGUUUUUUAAAAUUAAAAUGUAUCUCAUAUCCUGAACUUGACUUUUUAAAAAAACCGUCAAACAAAACAAGGGGUUUUGGGCUUUCUGCAUAGCUUUAAAUGAUGCUUGCUGGCUAGUCUGUGCUCUGCUGAGGAAUGAGUGGGUGGGAACAGAUAGUGCCUUCCAGAGGGUAGGGUGAUGUCACAGUAUGACAACAGACUUAAGAUACCUUUAUAGUGUUUUUCUUAUGUAGGCUGGAUACCAGCAUGUAUAAAGAUUUAUAUUUUCUCUUCAAUAAUACAUCUGUUUUGUGUGUUUUUUAAAAGAAGAAUAUUAGCAGUUAGUUGCCUAGGUACUUUGCUGGAAUCAUUAGUUACCAUAGGUGGAAGUUACUACUCGGCAUUGUUUACAAAGGAUGGUACUUGCUGGUGGCCACCAGGUGGCAGGCUUGGACUAUAGUAGAAAACUUUGAAGCUAUUGUGAAAGCUGUGGCUAGGGAAAGCAGAUAGCUUUUCAAAGAGCUAAAAAUAACAUUGUGGUCGUCAUUGCCGGGUGAUUUGGACAUCCAUCCCUCUACUGUCUCUGUUCACACAAUUUGUAUGUUGGUUUUUUGUUUUGUUUUUAAACCUGUUUGAUGGCAAAGAAGUGAAUGUGUAUGCCGUGAACAUUCAUGCCACCUCCACUUCUACUACACCCCCCCCCCCCAAAAAAAGAAAAACCACAACAGAGGCUGCCAUUAACCUUUGGAAGGAAUGUCACUUGCUCACAGGAGAUUGGUUUCUCAUGUUACAAUUUCCCCCUACAUGCCAGAGUUGUGUGAAAAAGAUAACGUGGGAAGGGUCUGCAACCAAGAGUCAGUCACUGCAAAAUGACUUGUCUAUGCCAAGAAUCUGAUAGGAGUCUGCAUACCAUUUCCUUUCUUGGAAGCUGAUCCCUGUCAGUUCUUCUACGACUCUGCUUUGUGGGAAAUACAUCAGCUAUUCUUAAAAAAAUAUGCAGAAGAGGGAGGUAAUCUAGAGAAAACUAGGAACAAAAUCCCCAUUAAAAUCAUUAGGCAUUGUUAAGAUUCCCAUUAAUCACUGGAAUAUGUUCCCUGCAACACACCCCAAAUUCUCUGCAUGAAGACUACUAUGUAGGAAAGAGGUGGUUUUCCUCUUUAAAAAAAAAAAACUUCAUUUUGUAAGCAGAUAUUUUUCUAUUUUGUGACCAGAACAUUCAUAGCAAGGAGCAGAUGAUUACAUUAUAACUCUUUAGAGUCUUUUGUUUCUAGCUGUUUUUUCCCUUUGAUGUAGAUAUAGGCCUUCAUUAGACUGUGAUAACUUCUCUGUGUGCUUUUCUCCGGGAUGACUGCAUUACUUUUAAGCAUUUUGUUAAAACUAGCAAUGUGAAUGAAUGGUUUCAUUUCCACUGUGUUGUUCUAUCAGGAGAUGGACAGUAGUUUCAAUUACCCAUUUGUAAAGAAAAUAAAAUGUAUUUACACAGAUUAUGUGUUGGAUUCGUCUUAUUAUCUGGAAUUGAAAACCUUACAGCUUUAUGGUUUUUAAAUUUGACUCUAACUUUCCUCAAAAAUGCAUUAGAUUUUAAGUACAGCACAAUGCACAAGAUGUUUCGUAAUUUAGUGCAAGGCACUAGAAUUGCAUGAAAAGGUGGGUGAAGUGUAGCCUUUUUAGUUUAGAUCUGUCAAAUACGAUUACUGUAUGCACCUGCUUUUGUCAUGUAAGAGCAUUAGCAUCACAACAGGCUUCUAGAAUUCAGCUUGGCACAAGGGGCAAGAAAGGGAGAAAAAGCAAAAUACGGUAGUUUGAGGCAGCAGGAGACCUUUGGAUGGCUGAGGGUGGCAGAGUCCUAGGCAUUUUGGGGGUUACAAAAGUGGAGAGGUAAUGAAGCAAGACUAUGAAGGACUUUGAUACAGCAUGAGAUUUUUAAUCUCAGGGUUGUGGGUUUGAGCCCCACGUUGGACCAAAUAUUUCUGCAUUGCAGGGGGUUGGACUAAAUGACCCUUAUGGUCCCUUCCAAUGCUAUGAUUCUAUGAAGGCAGGGACCUUGGCUGGGUCUUGGGUGAUUUGGCCAGAGUAAUUUUGGAUAUGGGGAUGAUACAAAGAGGUGUAAUGCCAGUAAUUUGUCAAGAGGAAGGAGCUAAGGGGUGCUUUGAUUCAGCCAGAAGCUGCUUCUGAGGUACUGGGACCUGCUACAGCAAAGCCAGAAAGUCGAGUGACCUGCAGGCUCCCAUAAUAUCCCACUCCUCUAUAUAUAGUUUGCUGAAUCUCUUCCAUUCUUCAGCUGACUUCUCAAGCCAGUGAAGUCACACCAUGUGCCAUAAAACCUUUCCUUCUAAGCUAACACCUCCACCUGAGCAACUUGCUGCACUGAGUUGCAAAGCAGAUUGCCUUGCUUACAGCCAGUCUUCUGCCCAUUUAACCCUUGUCCGUUUCUCUUGGAAUUGGACCCCAUCUGCCGUCUUGGGCCCAACACAUCUCUACGCUUGCCAAGGAAGUUGGUCACCAGGUUUUCAGAACUGGGAAGUCUAGUGGCAUGAAAUUAAUCUAAUUUCAGAUGACAGGAUUUUGCUGCUUGGGUUGACAGGCAUGAUCUGGGAAAGUUUAUUUGCUUAAUGUCUUGGUUCUCAACAUUUAGUAUGUGUUGCAUUUCCUGUGAGGCUCUGUACAUUAAACUAUGAGGAUGGCACUGAAAUGUCUGAAGUAUUAAAGCAGCAUCUCUGAUUUUAAUGUCAUUUAUGUCAGUAUAUUUACAAUUCAUUAUGAAAGCAUCCUGGUUAUGAAUAUUUACAAUUCAUUAUGAAAGCAUCCUGGUUAUUUUCCAGACUACCUUAUUUAUAAACUUCAUUUUAAAAAACAGGCUUCAUUGCUUUAAGUGUUUGCUUUAUGGUGUUUUGACUAGUGCAAUUUACUCACUAUUUUUCUGCUUCCAAUCUCAUGGAUUCUGGAUUUUGCACAAGGACAUUUGAAUUCAAAUACUGUACAAGCACUUCUUGCUUUCUUGACGGCUGUCAACUUCAAUUUUUAAAUCCUCACACAGAUGUAAAGAAAAUAAGGUAAAAAAUUUAAAGUACUGUACACAGUACACUUUAAAUUGUAUAUGUGAUAAUUUAUGAAAUCUAUCUCACUGAAUGAGCGUCUUAGAGGAAGGGUUAAGUGUAAGUGUGCCAAAUAAAUAAGUUGAUUGUAUGAUGUGCAUAGAUACCCUAUGUUCCACUAGGGGUUGUCCCAACCUUCCUUAACAAGAUCUUAGCAAAUUCUGAAUGAUUCAGAAGUAGUGAUCUUGCUGUGGCCAGAUCAUGCAAAUACAUUUCUGAAUGCACAUUAUAUUAUCUAUUGUUAUUCAGGUUGACCUGGUUUGACAAGUUAAUUAUUUUCAUUUGUCAUCAAUCUAUUAUUUCCUUAAGACCCUGUUCUUUUUAGUCUACUGAGCUUGAUUUUAUUUAUCAUCCAUCAUACCGUGUCCUGGUUUUAAUAUUUUGCUGUUCGAAUCAUAAAUAUGUACUUUUUUGUUGUUGUGCCCAAUGGCUGAAACAAACAAGUAAAUCUGAAUUUAUUUAUAGUGAAAGCCUUGUUGUAGGGGGGUUGCCUGUCUAAAUUAUGCAAGCAGGAGCUCUCUGCUGGAUAACGCUUGUCUGUUUUCAGCUAUUAUUGCAUUCUCCUUGAUUUAUUCUUCAUUCCCUUACUGAACACAGCCUUUGAGAGUGAACAAGGAAGAUCAGAGUUUUAAACACCUUUUGUAAUUCUGCAGAUCAGCGUUCUAUCAAGAUUAUUAUUCGUGCAUAAAAUGGAUCAGCGCCGGGUUGCUCUGGCAUCUUGGCUCCUCUGCAGAUGUAAAGUAGCUUAGAAGUUGUCAGGCUAUAAUAUCCAUUUUGUACAAUACACCAGGGAAGACAGGUAAUGCUUUUUUUUCUUGUGGAUUUUCAGAUUUAGCAAGCAGAGUGGUUUUCAGUCAGUGGCUGGGGAAAAAGGGGGCUCAUUAUGGAACAUCCGGAUACUUCUUGACAUUGCCCAAGCAAGCUGAGCUUAAAGCUGUCACUCUAUGCCAUAGUCCAAUGCAUACAUGUGCAGAGAACGACCAGGCCUAAUUUGACAGGUGGGUGGCGCUGCACACCUGCCAUUUAUCAGACAUCACCAUAAUGUCAGGGGACCCAUUUUUGCCUGCAUGGUUUGUGAAAUCAAACCAUGUGUGCAAAGGCACAACACACAAUGCACCCGCGAUCUGCUGGUUGUCAGGUCUUGCAAAGCAUUGUGAAGCCCCAUACAUAGCACACUUCAAGCCCUGUCAGUCAACUGCACAGCACAUUGCAGGCUUCAACAAUCAGAAGUGCAGAAGAAACCUCUGGCUCACAUUCAUGAUGUUAACAUCAUCCUUGGGUGCUUCAGUGGGUUUCUAACCUUAUGAUUCCAUGUUUUUCCAAUGCACAGCAAAAAAAAAACCCUGCUCCAAUCCUUUAA